AUGUCUGUUCCAUUUAGCCACCAUGCCAAUGCGCAGGCAACAUUCACGCCACCAUUGAUCGCCAAUGGAAAUGCUUUCCUCGGGGACAUCUUCUCUAGCGACAAAGAUAACGUUGAAAAGCCCAUCACUGCUGGGUUUUUUCGUCUCGAAAAAGGCUCCUCAUUGGUGCACACAUAUAUAUGUGACGAAAUGAAGCUUAUCACCGAGGGAGAGUUCCAGAUCUCUGACGAGACAGGGCAGACGGUGAUCGCGAAACCAGGAGACGUGUUCUAUUUCCCCCGUGGUACGAAGGCUACCUAUACCACUGAGUCCUAUGGUGUGGGUUUCUAUGUACGGCUCUUCCUUCCCCUCCGGUCAGACCAAUGUUGA